CUGUUGGACUAUGAAGCAAAAGCCGCUGACCAAGUUCCACUGCUCAUGCGCAUGAAUAAAGAUGACCUAGCGCUCGAGAAGGCCAUUAUGAGUGGAGACACGGAUCUUGGUGAGUUAUAAGUGGGUACCACUGCUGAGAACUACAGCUAACUUUGAGUAUAGUGGAGGGAACAAUUUUUGAAGCGCGUUUUUGUUUCGUGGUAGUCGCAAGAGCCGACUUAUAGAAAGAUCUAUCGUAAUGUUGAAAUUGUACCAAAGGUUCCAAAAAUUUAGAAUAAACUCUUUCUCAGCUUAAAAGUUGGCGUUACACCAGCGGCGUUACAAGCUGAGACAGAGUUUCAAACCUUAAAACAUUUUUGAGAAAAAAACCCAAAACCCGCCUCCUUGAUUUUCCCCUGUAUCUAGAUGACAUUUCAUUUGUGUUGUCUUUUUUUUUCUUUCUAGUGUAUAUGGUUGUUAUGCAUUUGAAGGAUAAUCUAACUCUUGGUGAGUUCUUGAUGGCCAUACGUUACCAUCCUGUGGCACUCAGCCUCUACAUCAAGGUAAGUCUAUGAAAAAAAGUUGUGUAAAUGAGUGCGUAUUUGUUCAAGGCUUCAACCAAGAGAAAAUCCGUCAUUAUUUGCCAGGAGACAUUUUUUCCUUUAUCUGUUCAUUCUUUAAGGCCAUAAAAAUGACGUUAAAAUGUUUAAAACUUAAGUGGAGGGGUGAGAGGUUUUACGGUAAAGUGUGGAGCAUUUUUAAUCUUAUUUCUUUGAAAUGUCGGAGUCGCGGCAGUGAAAAAUGGCGACGUUUCUAUUUGUUUUUUUCAAGGUCCCGGAGAAUCGCACUCAAGAAACAGAGAAGAGAAGAACCUUCAGUUCUGUUUCUCUUCUCUGUACUGUCAUAAGCAAAAGUUCUCGACCAAUCGGGGCGCGUAAAUCACUCGGUUAUUGUAAAUCGUUAGACUGUGUGGCAGGCGGCUUAAGAGGUAUUGAAAAAAGUGAAAAAGGGAGGGGUAAAGGGAAGAGAAAAAAAAAGACACCUUUUUUCAUUUUUGCUUCUUUUCCCUUUACUCCCGUCCCCCUCUUCUCUCGUUUUUGCACCUGUUACGCAAACUACCACGCAGGCUAUUGUGAAACCUAUAUAUUCACUUUGGCAUGACUGUGAUUCGUCUGCAGUACUGCAAGGAUCAGGAUCGCCGUACACUUGUGGACCUGUUCUACCAGGAUGACCAGUUUAUGAACAGUGGUAAUGCCUUUGUGCAGGACAGCUACAGUGAGAAGGUAUCACAUAAAGUAGCUUGCAUGCUAUCAUGCUUAGGAGGGGAUCUGGUCGAAUGUUGUUUUAUUAUUUUAUUUCUUUAAUAUGUAAUUUCAAUUCUGAGCAAAGGGGUGCGUACGCUUCACUCCGUUUCUUCAUGGCAUCAUAGAUUAUUUUUGUUUCCGUGACUUUAGGUGACUACAAAGCUCCCCUCAACCUUAUUGCCGGGACGUUUCCCCGUUGGAAAAUGGGAUAAACCCCUGUGAACGAAUGGUCGGCAGCAAUCUUGUUUAUUUUGAGCGUCAGGAGGAGCCAAGAAUACGUGGAGCAACUCUUAUUUGUAAUUUAACUCGCACAUUUCUCGUGUUUAAACUCGAAACCUUUACAAAAAUUCGUUCUAAUCAUAACCAGUGAUAUCUAGUACGCAUGCGCUAAUUGUUCCCGUCUAUUUCUUCGUUGUAAAUAGUGGCCCUCAAUGCAUGCAGCGACCACGUGACCAAAGGAGACAUAAGACUACAAGUUAUGUGUUAUUUUUCACAGGGAUCGUACAGCGAACAAAGCGCGCGCGCCUGAAAAUCGCAGCUCUGUAGGAAAGGCCGUCACGCGAAGGGUUAAUUAUUAGUUGCGUCACGCCUUCCGGUCUCUCUCCCAAUCUGCUCCGCAGAGCUUUUACUAACCUUGUCUGGCGGAGCGGUUACUUUUAGUCCUGAACCAAAAGGAUCACAUCCUUGGAAAAGAGAUUGGCGCUCACCAUAUUAUUCCUUGAGAAAUAAGAGGAAAUUCGUUAUCUAUGAAAUGUUGCCGGCCAUAGAAUAGAAUCAUCGUUUUGAUAUCUCUUGUCACUACACUUGACAUAAAAUCUGAUUUUCUUCUAUUUUUAUUAUUUAGACAAUAGAAUCCAAGAUGAACACAUUGUCCAAAGCACAGAUGUCUUACCAGCAAGGAGGAUUUCAGUUCUACUCGAAGGUGUGUGCUCUUCACUUUGUUGCUUUGAUUUAAAAUACUUCAAACUCCUUCAACGCUAGAGCCACUCAUUCCUUACUAUGUGGAGAAACAGAAGACGGACGUUAUGUCUUGUCUAGUAAUCUAGGAUACGGGAUAAACUUGCGAUAGUCGAACCAAAACCACCCAGGAACUCUCCACUCCUCUAGCUGUGUUUGAUUAACAAAUACCUUGACUGUACUCUGAACUGAUAUAAAUCACGCAGGAGGAAGCGCCGGGCUAGGGUACAAAAGGCCGAGUUUAGAGGGAAGCCUGAGACUUAGUCGACAGUGUUGAGUUAUCCCUACUUCUUAAGUGCUUUGUAACAUAACAAAGCACAGUAAAGGUUUCUUUAUUGGUUUUAUGAUAAAGAAUCCGUUAAAUUCGCCACGCAUUACUUUCUAAUUUUCAAAACAAACUAUUGGCAGAUGGCGUGAAAGCUGAAGCUCCGUGUUUUAUACCCUGAUAAACACGCUUUGUCAUCCAAUCAGAGUGCGCGUUAAAAGAGUGUUUUCACAUGAUGUCAUGGCGGCCAUAUUGGUGUCCCAAACCAAUCCUCUGGGAGUUGAACUCUUUUCUUUAUAUGCAAACGCUAUCUUUUGUUCCAACAAAUUUGCGUAGAUGCUGGCCACGUGAGUGAAAACACUCUAUACUGAUCUGAACUAUAUUAUAAAUAUUAACAAAACAUUUCUUGUCAGUGCUGCAUUGUAUGGACGCACGAUUCAAUUUUCCAGGCAAGAGAAGAACAAAUGAAACUCAUGGAAUAUCAAGUCAAACUUGAAGAGAAGUACUGAAAGACAUUUGUGGACCUGUCUUUGAGUGAUACUAUCUACCAGGUGCGAUAAAGACACUAAACUGUGUUAGCCUUUACCGUGGAUUUUUAAACGUUCACGGUCUGAGCUUAUUUUUAAGGUGUAAUGAUCAGUACAGUUGGGCAGCUGGAUCAAUUGAGGUUUCUAGGUAACUGACCACUUCCCUCCCCCCAGGGCUCAAAGUUUGCGACUAACUGGUCGCAUAUGCGACUGGAUUUUUGGUUGUGCGCCUAAAAAUUCUUCUAUAAUCGCACCUGUGCGCCGUAAAACCCAAACCACAGUGCGACUGACUUACUUCAGACUAUACUUACGAACUCGAACUAGAAAGACGGUGUAUGUUUAAUAGGUCUUUUCUCCCAAUGGAUUCUACGAACUGGAAUGUUCUUUUUCGUUUCGAUGUUUUACUCCAUCCCCGACUCUUCUGUUUUGUAAUAAACACCGCUGACAUAUGCAAAUAUAUGCUACGAACCAAACACGUAUUUUUUGCGCAAUGGACGACCAUGUCGAACGUUCAGUUUUAACGUCAAUCAAAACAAAAACAGUGCGGAUUAAGAGCCUUUUUUUCCAGGUAAGAAAGUUUUUUAAGUCGUAUUCCAGUUACAUGUAAGUCAUUGCGCAUUUAACAAAUUCAUGAAAGAUUAAUUUUCAUUCUCGUUCGACACACUCAUUGUCACAGUUUUGAAUUGUUUUUCAAGUGUAAGUUUUCUUUAGUCACAACUGUACUGUCAAAAAGAGAAAAUAGUAUUAAAAAUCCCAACGGUGUUACUGCAUAGCAAAUCGGCUGUGUUUUAUCAACCACAGGACUGAAGUAAAAGUAACAAACUGAAGAUGACAAUUAAACGUGGCACUGUUAAGCUUUUUACUUUUUCUUUUGAAAUAGAUGCUCCCAACAUUAUAAGCUGUGCUCCCAAAAUUUUCAACUGUUCGCCUAAAAUUUCGGCAAUGCGCCUAAAAAAUGACAUCUGGUAGCACAAGUGCUCCCAAACUCAAAUUUAAACUUUGAGCCCUGCUCCCCCGCCCACCCUCCCCCGUUAAGUCAAGAGUAACACUUUUUCCUUACUUAGGGCAAAAUUGUAACUUAGGGGAGGGGUAGGUAGUCAGUUACUCAGAAACGUCAAUUAAUACAAAAAGCUCUGAAAAGUAGCUCUCAUUUGAAUGAUCAAAAUUAAGCUGUCAUCAAUAUAGUCAAAUGUUAAUACUACCUUUAACAGCUUAAUAAACAGUGCCGCUGGAAAUCUUUGUCAAGUACAAGCUUUCAUUCGAAUGGCCAUACUAAAGAUUGUCAAAUGUUAGAAGUUGAAAUCAACAGUAUACGCUGGAAUCUCUCAGAUCUCUGCUCAGUAGCUUUUGUUAGGAUUGUUAUUUUUAAACUAUUAUCUAGACUUGGUAGUUAAAACCAAAGCAAAGUAAACCGCGGUGGAAAGUACUAUUAAAAAUAGCUUUAGUUUCUUCAUGAUUGUCACAGGUUUAAUUCCCAUACACUAUCAUUAGUUUCUAAGGAUUACUUUACGCUUUUCAGUGCAUACUUCAAGGAGACUUGAAAGCCGCUGAGCAACUGAAAAAGGAGUUCAAGGUUCCAGAUAAAAGGUUUGUAACAUUUUUUAUAUCAGAGAUCGUAAACAACGAGACCUUUGACAUCUGA